AUGCCCAAGUCUUCUCGUUCGCAAAACAGCGCAGGCAAGACCUGCCGCUGCCUUUCCUUGCGCUGCCUGAGCAUCUUCGCCAUCUUUUUGGCACUCUUCUCAGCUCUCUACUCCUAUCUCAACGCGCGCCUUGAGCAAUUCUAUAUCUUCGAACCCGGUCAAUUGCACGAUGUCUCCCAGCGCGCCAUUGCAGCUCAUGGAAAUGACACUCGCUCGGUUGUCAACUACAUCGUCUCUGAGUUGGACCAGAAGGUGCCCAGCCAGUUCGUGAACAAGGAAGAGGAAUGGGUUUUCAACAACGCCGGCGGUGCUAUGGGUGCCAUGUACAUUAUCCAUGCCAGUAUCACCGAAUACCUGAUCGUCUUCGGCACCGCCAUCGGCACAGAAGGUCACACCGGUCGUCACACGGCCGACGACUAUUUCAACAUCCUCCAGGGCACCCAGCUCGCCUAUGUCCCCGGAUCCUACGAGCCCGAGGUCUAUCCGCAGGGCACGGUGCACCACCUGCGCCGCGGCGAGGUCAAGCAGUACAAGAUGGAGGAGUCGUGCUUUGCGCUUGAGUACGCGCGUGGAUGGAUCCCACCCAUGCUGUUCUUCGGAUACGCGGACACUUUUUCGAGCACGCUUGACUUCCCGACUUUGUGGGCGACGUCGCGGAUUACCGGUCGGGAGAUGAUUAAGAAUCUCCUGCAGAUGAAGCUGUAA